UCGAUGCUCGACGGCGGUACCAACACUGAUCGGCGUAUGUGUCCUUGGGCAGCAAGAUACUUAACGGAUAUUGCUCCAACCCAGCGGUCACUAAUGGGUUUUAAUUAUCCAAAUUAUAAGCAAUAUCAAAGCGGAAAUCAUACACAAAAAGCUGAAAGUGUGGUGACUUGUAAGCCGACGAGCAUAAAGGGAUUGUGCGAAAAUGCGUGUCUGACUGCGAUGCGGUGUCACAAAGUUGAUGUCAAAGAGUCGAUGGCAUGAGUUGCAGACUUGGUCCAAGAUGCUAUUAUUAAUUAAUUUUAAAACGACAGUGAAUAUAUUUUGUACGUGUAAAAGUAACCGCGUGCUCUAUUGUGUUUUAAUACCAUUUCUCCAAUCAUGAGACAGCGUUCUUGUAUAGUUUUGACGUAUUUAUCAGCCGAUUUAAAUAUCGGCCUUGGGGAAAUCCCACUUUACAAAAUACUCUUUUAAUUAAAUUGAGCAUUGGAGUUUUGCUUAUAUUUUCCUUUAUCGGUGCUUUACGAAAUAAAUAACGGUUUUAUUUUGAUGCAGCUUUUAUCAUAAACAUGUUGUCAAAUUCGGUAAGACUUCAAUUGGGAAAAAGACUUGUAAAUUUUGCUACAAGGCAGGUCGUUUGCAAACAUGCAAUUUCGCAAAGAUUCUUGUUCAUGAACGUAAACAACACAAGCAGUUUGAGUUUGCAGCACAACUUUCACACUUCAACCACAAGGUUGCAUCCAGGAGAUCAGAAACUCGAAACUGCAACAAAUUUCCACAUUCAAGACGAAGAUGAUUUUAAAGCAAGAGUUUUGAUGGCAAAGAUUCCAAUAAUAGUGGAUUUCCAUGCAGAGUGGUGUCAACCUUGUAAAACACUUGGUCCAAACUUGGAAAAGGAAGUUGAUAAAUAUGGUGGUAAAGUGAUGCUGGCUAAGGUUGAUGUUGAUGAUGUAGGAGAAGUAGCUAUGGAGUAUGAGAUAAGUGCAAUACCAACGGUGAUCCUGUUUAAAAAUGGAAAACAAGUAUCUGAUUUUAAAGGAAAUGUGGAUGAUGCCACACUUGCCGCCUUUGUUAAAAACUCUAUAAAGGAACCUUAAACUUUUUUCCAUGUGUAAUGAUAAUAUGCAUUUUCUUACGUUUUAUUGUGAAAUAAAUCAGAAGGCCCGACAUAAUACAAGGUGUAU